AUGUCACGAGCACUUGACAAGAGUGUGAAGGAAGCUCUCAAGCAUGGUGACCAUCAGAGGGUCUUCCUCGAUAUUUCUGAUAUUCUCAUUGAGUCUUCAGAUCAACUUCUGGAAAUAGAGUUACUGGGCAAAAGUCAUAUCCUGGAUCCUAGCUCGACAGUAUUGCGAGACGAAAACGCGGUUGCUAUACCCAAGCUACGCAUAGUUCAAGCAUUUAUUGUGGCACAGAAACUUCACAAGCAAUUCCUUGCAGACAAUGGAAAUGCCUCAAGAGAUGACAUCUUGAGGUCAACAGCAGUCAUGCUGUUGAUGGAUCCUGAACAUUUGACCGCUGCCAAUACAAGAAAGAGGCUUAUCAUGACCAAGUUGGAGGACAAGGAUGUCGAGGACAUCCUACGUUCUGAGAAACACUUGCUCGAUAGUUUACUAACUAGUCGGCUUCAUCGACAUACCAAAUCACCAACAUUAUGGAAUCACCGUCGAUGGCUGAUGGAACAGUAUCGUCUUCACGAUAUCGAAGCCCCAGUGGAAGAUGACAUCUCGAAUAUCAUCAUGGUGUCGGGCGAACGACAUCCCCGAAACUAUUACGCUUGGUGUCACGCAAGAUACAUGAUCAACGCGUGCGUCUUACCAUCGUCAAAGACAGAGGAAGCUCUGUCCCGAAUGAUCGCGUCAACGCAAAAGUGGUGCUUCGCACAUCACAAUGACAUAUCAGGUUGGCAGUUCCUGAUAUUCUUGCUCGAUAAGCGCCCUGCUGAGACAUCGGCUGUGUUUCGUGAAACAUUGAAGCUUGCAUGCUCUUUCAAAUGGCGCAACGAGUCUGUGUGGUAUUUCCUUCGAUAUAUCGCGGCAUGGGUAGCUGGUACUGCUGACAUGGAGGAGUUUGAGAAUGUUCGAAGAGGAUUAUUGGAUAACGCUGCUGAGGAUGAGUCUGGAAAGCGCACACUUGAAAGAGCGACACAGUGGUUAGAGGUUACAAGUGGGAUUACAGCGAAGUGA